AUGGCUACUCGUCUCGACAAGAUGGUUCUUGACGCUCUUGAGGAUAUCGCGGUCACCACUAAGAAGCCCAUCGACGAGGUGUUGCAAGCCGCGCAGAAAAUCAUCGAGAACAAUCUCGUCAAGACAGAGUCAGACAAUGCAGAUGAGAUAUCGGCACAGGCCAAGCCGGCUGCUGCUGCUCCUAUCAGCAACUCUCGCAACGCCGGAACUUCCAGUGCCAACAAUCCAAUAGUUUCUUCCUUCAAGCCAGCCACUGCCGAAACCGCUGCCACCAAAACCAAACGCGCCGCCCCGAAGAGCAAGGGUUCCGCGGCCAAGCAGACGACUCCAAAGGUCAAGGCUUCUGCCUCUGCCUCUGGCACCGCUUCUGAUGCUUCUGCGGAUGAGAGAGAUAUCAAACAGUUCACUUGCGAAUUCCCCGGCUGCUCAAGGGCUUUCCUCCACAAAAGCUCGCGUAGUCGUCACUACAAACUCAAUCACAAAGCAAGCUUUACGAAAAAGGAUGAGAACGAAGUUGACGUCAAAUGA